AUGGCUAAUGCUGAGAGGGUGCAAGUGGACAGUGUUUGCAACGGGCUUUGUGGAAAGUAUGCGCAGCCAUCUGGCAGAAAAGUUGUUGUGGCAGUGGCUGCCAGGGCGGAAAGAAAAGGGGAAGAGGUGGAUAUUUUUUUGGAAAUUAUUGAAGAAGAUUUUUAUGGAAUUCCAACAGAGCUGUUUGUGAUGGGCCGCCAACAAAAACAAAAAUUUCAGAAAGUUCAAGUUGUAGAGGAGGGAACCAACAGUUUCAAGAUUGGCAUGGCACUUUUUACACCCGGAGAUGUUGUAUGGGCAAAAAUGCGAGGACAUCCACCGUGGCCUGCUGAGAUCUUACAUACUUCUGCACAGUUGACAGGUGUCCCUUCCGGCAGAUACUCAAUUAAAUUUUACGGUACUUAUGAAACUGCUAUCAUGAAAAGUGCCGAUCUUUUUGAUUUUGUGAAGCAUAGGGCACAAUUUGAAGUUCGCAGAGAAAAUAAGGUAAAGGCAUUUGUUCAGGGUUUCAUGCUGGCAGUUCAAGAGGCUCGGCAAGCCGUUGGUCUAACAAACGAACUAAAACGAGAAGAAGCUUCUUUAGUACGUGCGAACGCGAUACCGAGUACGAGUGAAGUGGAUUCAGGAAGACGAUCAAUGAGUCGUUCUAGACGUCCGAGUUCUAGAUUUAAUUCUGAUGAUUAUGUAUUGCAACCGCUUAGGGGCCGGGGCAAUAGUCAGUCAAACAACACCCCUGAAUCUCCGACAAAAAAUAAGUCUAAGGGAAACAAAAACGAGAAGAAGAGUCCGGUGGUAUCAGAAAGACGCCGGAAGAACAGUGGCAGUCCUAUAGGUGGCCAUCGAAAACGUACAAUUUCGGCAUAUUUUGACUUGGAUGUUUCUGACAAUGACCCAAUGCUACCGCCUAUGCUAGGUGACGAUUUCAGUAAUUCUUUACUUGAUGGGUUCCAUUCGGAUGCAAAUACAGAUGGUUCAGGUGUAAAUGGAGUCAAGCAAAGACGUACUUCCAAACCGAAAUUUGUUGAAGAUUUCAUUACACCGUCUAGGAGCAGAACUCCUAGUCGUGAACGUAAUAAUAGCACUUCCUCCUCAGCUCGCACGAGGUGA